AUUGUCUUUAAACACAUUGCGCUCAAUGUCCAUGAUCGGAUACAACUCUGUUUUUAAAAAGGACCUGUUCAAGGAUCAAGUCAUCUUGGUCACUGGCGGCGGUACAGGCAUUGGAAGAUGUACGGCACAUGAAUUGGCCAGUCUUGGUGCGACCGUGAUUAUUGCGGCUCGAAAAAUUGAUCAAUUGAUCAACACUGCCCGAGAGAUUGAACUCUUGGGUGGGAAGUGUGAGACUAUGGCCCUUAACAUUCGCGACCCGAAACAGGCUGUUGAAGUUGUCCAAGCGAUCGUCGCUAAGCAUGGCAAGCUGACCGGCCUCGUGAACAAUGCUGGUGGACAGUUCCGAUCACCCGCAUCCAAAUUAUCACCCAAUGGCUUUGCCGCGGUCGUGAAUUUAAAUUUGAUGGGGACCUUCAAUUUAUGUAAGGCUGCGUUUGACACCUAUAUGGGCGAACAUGGUGGUAGUAUCGUUAAUGUUACUCUGGAUUGCCGAAAUGGAAUCCCUGGCAUGCUUCAUUCUGGUGCAGCUCGUGCUGGUGUCAUUAACAUGACCAAGACAUUGGCUAUCGAAUGGGGGCCUUUUAAUGGGAUCCGCAUCAACUGUGUGUCACCAGGAAUGAUGAUGACCUCUGGCUUGAAAACUUACCCUGAGCAUAAUCCUUCCAGCCGAAUGGGGACGGAAUCAGAGGCUGCUGCUGCUGUCGUGUUCCUUUUGUCGCCGGCGGCAUCAUAUAUCACAGGAAUCAAUUUGCCAGUCGAUGGUGCAAGUUCAUUGACUUGCGCCGGAACUUACGGUACUGAGACACUAUUUAAUCCUAAAACAAGUCUGAUGAAACCAUACAUCGGAUGGCUGCAACAACAGGAGGGAGGAGGGGAGGAGGAGGAGACAAAGGGGCAGCCGGCGGUCAAAGAACUGGAUGCUCCCGAACCUAUAAUCCACCUGUAUGAACGCUACAAAGGGUUCGUGAAUGGAGGGAGUGCCAAUGGAGGUGGCGGAAGCAAGUUGUAAUUAAAAUCGAUCGAUCAUGAAGAG